AUGUACCAGGGCCAAUUUGAAAAGAAAGUUCUACACACAAAGAACGACAACGAUGAAGGUUGCAGACACCGUUCGAUUCUUCGAGCACAUCGUCUUAAUCCUUUGAUUCAUCAAUCGAUUGUAGAACAUUCUUCCACAAAAAUCGACGAUUCCUCAACUUCUUCAAAUAUUCAAAAUUUGCAAAUGGAAGCCACUGGAGAAGCUAAUAUCGACUCCAUACAAGAAUUCUUCCUGAAGGAGGCCACCAUUGUCCGCUCACAUAUUUUCCACAAUUUCGAUGAUGAAUCAGAAGGAGAUUGCAUCAAUGAUCCAUGGCCUGGAAAUGAAUCUGGAGGAGAUAGACUCAUUGGAAUCACAAUCGAGGCUGAUCCUUCGGGCGCUUGUGCUGCAAAGAAAGGCGGUGAGUUGCCGAAGAUGAUAGGAGAUGAUGUUCUUACCUUCGGUAGGGAGGGUAUGCCAGAUAAGGUGGUGGAAUCGGAGGUGCCUGAGGAGGCAGAGAAGUCAUGUGUUGACGGACUACAAGGAUUAAAAUUGGAGACAAAAAGGUUAAUGGAGAAAUUGAAGGUAAGAAAUCUGAAAGUGGUAAGAAAUUAA